GAGCUCAGUUGGCUUUUGAACGUCGUAGACUUUGGAAGGCGUUCGCUUUAUCUCUAUCAUUUCCGGUCGGUUUUACGCUUUACGUGUGGAACGUGGAUUUCCUACGAGAACUAACAACAAGUUGUACUUUGCGUGUGCGAAAUAGAGAAAAAAAUAAAUAUUUUUCAUUAAUUGUGACCUAGCGGGCGCAUUCAGCAGAUAGAUAUUCCGUGUUGAUCCGCGGCUGUGAGGAAAUUGUGUGUUUAUUUUGCCUGGUGCCUGGCGUCGAUUUUAUUAGUGCUCGGCGAUUGAAAUAAUUGUUUCCAAGUGCAAACUGUGAGCGCCGAGGCGUUUAGAUUCACCUUGAACGACAACCCGGGUAGGGAGGCGGAAAAUAUUUAGUGCCAAAUAAUUGCGCUUGUCAUUGGUGAAGUGACACCCAAUUGUGAAAGUAAGUGCUCCAGCAAGUUUCCCAUUAAGCGGAUGAAAAAGUGUUGAGUCUCGUCUGGCAGAAAAAAAGGUAACGGUCUCGAUUCUGGACAAAAUAAAGCAUUAAAAGUUUGAAUCAGCAGGAGCGUCAGGAUGGAGCUGUCACGAAUAAAAUUGCUUUGUGGAGCACUCAUACUUCAGAUGCUGUUCUCCGUUGCUGUGCCGCUGCCUUAUACCAAAUACGGCCGCCAGUGCAGUGACAUCGGGUGCCUCUCGAAUCAGGUAUGCGUAAUGGCGUACGAUUCCUGUUCCCUUGGUCAGCGUGACGGAAACGAAUGUGGACGUUAUCCAACGUGCAAGAAGAACUCCGAAGCCGGUCUAGCUGCAGGUCCUAGUGACAAUUCUAACGAUCUGUUCAGUAACAAACCUGCGCCUCCGAAGAGCGCACCGCCAUCCAAUGACCAAGACGUACUGGGUAGCUUGGGACUGAACCCGGACACACCGAGCUACAAUCGACCCGCUGAUGUUCGUCCCCAAAAUCCCUCUGCCCCUGCUGCCCCUGGCUACAAUCCAUAUUCCAAUCCCUACCCUGCACUACCCGCAAACACUCCCAAACCCGCUGCUCCCUAUUACCCGUCGGGAGGACAUGGAAACAAUGGAAAUUACGGUGGUGGUAGUUAUGAUGGCACGUCCGGUGGCAAUCGUCGUCCCGGCCAAUUCGAUGGAGCCGGCGGUAACAUCGUGAUCCCGACAAAGAAACCUACCGCCUCGUCGGGUGGAUUCUUUGGCGGAAUAUUUAGUGGCAUUCAGGAUGCCCUCACGAAUGCGGUCAAGCAACAAGCCGGAACCUACAUUAAUCAGCGGCUGGGCAUCGGUCCCGCUGCGGGCCAAGCUGGUGGGGCUGGUGCGCUUGGAGGGCUGCUCGAUGCCAGAAAUUUCAUUGACACCAAAAAGUUUGGUGGUCUAUUCAGCGAGAACAAACCGGCUACGAGUGGAUCGGUCGGUUCGUACCCAGUGACCGUAGAUCAACGCACCCAGGCGCAUACGGCUUACGCUCAGCCAAACAGACGAGUGGCAAGUGAGGUGCAGGAUCAACGUCAGCGUGCAGCUAAUACUCCAGCGCCAUACGGCUGGAAGCUGGAUUGAGCGAUCGAUCGACGGUCGAGUCGAUGAUCCAGACGAAAAAUGAUAUUAAUCCGAAAACUGAUAAAAUAUUCUAGUUUAUGGUACUUUGCCAUGCUUUACCAAUUUGUAACAGCUUUAGUUCGAUAACAACUCAGAUUGAUUAUUUUUGUAUCUAAUAAACUAACGGUGAAAUAAAGAAGAUAUGAAGUGCUGUCAGCAGUAAGCAA